GAGCACAGAGUGCGAGAGCGGUGUCAGCAGCAGCGGCUCCGGCAGAGGGAGGAAUCAAGUGGUGAAGCGUUGGGCUGUGAUAUAUCAUUUCUGGAAUACUUUCAUUUUCUUCUCAGAAGAUAUGAGUCGACGAGUUGUACGGCAGAGCAAAUUCCGUCACGUGUUUGGCCAGGCGGUGAAAAAUGACCAAUGCUACGAUGAUAUCCGGGUGUCAAGGGUCACAUGGGACAGCUCCUUCUGCGCAGUCAACCCCAAGUAUGUUGCCAUAAUUAUUGAAGCCAGCGGUGGAGGAGCCUUCCUCGUCCUCCCUCUUCACAAGACAGGACGCAUUGACAAAUCCUACCCCACAGUGUGUGGACACACAGGGCCGGUGUUGGACAUCGACUGGUGCCCCCACAAUGAUCAGAUCAUCGCCAGCGGCUCGGAGGACUGCACAGUGAUGGUGUGGCAGAUUCCUGAGAAUGGCCUCGUCACUUCCAUGGCUGAGCCAGUGGUGGUACUGGAGGGCCACUCCAAGCGGGUCGGUAUCAUCACAUGGCACCCGACAGCGCGCAAUGUCCUUCUUAGUGCUGGUUGCGACAACCAGAUCAUCAUCUGGAACGUGGGCACAGAAGAGGCUAUGAUCACCCUGGAGGACAUGCACCCGGAUGUCAUUUACAGCGUGAACUGGAACCGCAACGGGAGCCUAAUCUGCACCGCCUGCAAGGACAAGGCCAUCCGUGUCAUCGACCCCCGCAAGGAGGAGAUUAUCGCCGAGAAGGAGAAGGCACAUGACGGGGCUCGACCCAUGAGGGCCAUUUUUCUGGCUGAUGGCAACGUCCUCACCACAGGUUUCAGUCGCAUGAGUGAGAGGCAGCUCAGCCUCUGGAACGCGAAUAACAUGGAUGAGCCCAUGACUGUUACUGAAAUGGACACCAGCAACGGAGUGCUGCUGCCCUUCUAUGACCCAGACACCGGCGUUGUGUACCUCUGUGGGAAGGGCGACAGCAGCAUCCGUUACUUUGAGAUCACAGAUGAGGCUCCGUACAUUCACUUCCUCAGCACCUUUGCCACCAAGGAGCCCCAGAGGGGCAUGGGCUACAUGCCCAAGAGGGGCCUUGAUGUCAAUAAGUGCGAAAUUGCGAGGUUCUUCAAACUGCACGAAAGGAAGUGUGAGCCUAUCGUGAUGACUGUACCGAGAAAGUCUGACCUGUUCCAGGACGACUUGUACCCAGACACAUCUGGACCUGAUCCUGCCCUGGAGGCCGAGGAGUGGUUUGAUGGCAAGAAUGGAGACCCCAUCCUCAUCUCCCUCAAGAACGGCUACGUCCCGGGGAAGAACCGCGAAUUCAAGGUGGUCAAAAAGAACAUUUUGGAUGGCAAGGCGACCAAGAACACAGAGAACUCGAGCCCUGCCAACAAGUCUGCCUCCCCAACUCCAUCGAUUAAGUCUGAAGCCAAGCUGGAGGAGAUCUUGAAAGAAAUCAAAUCCCUCAAGGACCUGGUCAGCAGUCAGGAGAAGCGAAUCAUCAAACUUGAAGAGAAAAUGUCCAAUAUUGCCAUUUAGGGACCCUUUACCCAACCCGCUACAAUUCAGGACGUUCCAUUGGCAGGGGGGAGGGGGAGGGGGGGGGGGGGACGGGACCAGUCACUGCCUAUCUCAAUGACAGUGUUUCGUCGGAGGCCUGCCUAGCAACGAUCCCUAGCAACAUUCCAGAUGAACUUUUUCUUAGCCAGCCCCCGACCCUCAGUUUAACACAGGUGGAAUAAGGACGUGUGGCAAAUUUAACAGAAAACACUCUUUGCUUUUUGUUGACAAAGGACUCUUUUCCUUUAAUCGUGUGGCAGUUUGUUUGUUUAUUUUGUCUACUUGUGUAAAACAAAAACAGUCUUACAUAUUUGUUUGCAUUUUAGAAUUAUGACCAAAUUCAAUAGUCCCCGUUUGCCAAAAUGCAAAGCAAGAUAUUUUUUAAGUAUCAGUGUUUCAUAUCACCAUACCCCAAAAUUAUAAUGUUGCCAAAUUUUGCUUACACCCCCCCCCCCCACCCCCCCCCCCCAACAGUGUUUCUUUCUCUCUGUGUGGGAAGAGUGAAAAUGCAAACAGCGCAGUCGAUCAGGUUAUGUAAGGAGGUCAUCAAUACUAUGAGAUUAAUGUUAAAUGAAUUAUUUGGUUAUGCUAGGAAGAUUCUCAAACUGUAAUUAGGGGGAUAUAAAUUCAGUUUGAAGACCAAUUUAGCUCCCACAGUCUUCACCAAGCACCCAGACAUUACAUUCAUGACGAUUCCCGCUGUCUGUGUUGAAUCUGCUCAAAGUAACUCCUGCUUUCUGCCAUUUUCUUCUCAUUCCUGUCGCUUCCCGUCACUCAGGCUGUGAACGAUAGUCCACGUAAACAUGCAUUCCUCUCUGUUCAGCUUCAUGCACCGUGUGCUUAUUGAAAAAAAAAAAAAAAAAUGACAAACACAUUCCACAAAUCUUAUUGGCAGUUUUGUUGUGUCGGGAAAAUACUUCUGUAACGUUCCUCCUCCUGUGAACACCGUACUGUAGUGACUCGGUUACACUGGUUGGUUGUUAUUGUGACAUCGAUGUGCUGCCCAUGAAAAUACCAACUUUGUGGAUUUUCAACCCUCAGCUCUGCUUUGUUUAUGUGACGGGUACAGACACCGACCUCAGUGUUUAGAAGCCACGGGCUACGCUGCAGUCAAGUGUAGUGGGAUUAUUUUUUGUCACCGUUCAUUUGCAUUAAUUGCCAUCUCAGAUCUGUAAUUCUGAACGAAACAGGAAUUGACAUGACACCAAGUAAUCACACAUUGACUUGACUAUUUAAAACCUUCUGGUGGUUAAACUGGAGAUUACUACAGAAACUGUUCAUGAUAGACCUUAAAGGCCUAGAUUGUGUGUGAAUAUGUGCCUCAUGUCUUUGGUCUUUUUGGGUACCUGUCACUUACGAUGUUCCUGCUUUGUUUCUUAUUUGGGGGAGGGUUAUGCAAAGGACUCCAAGACUAGCCUCCAUCUUGGAUGAAUUGAAUAGUUGGGAUAUUGCUUCACCUGUUAAUUUUAGCCUGUUUCUUGUUCCAGCUGUGCUAAUAUCCCUCUUAGCACUUCCACUUUUUUUAAUGGUUUAUUUCUCAGAUGCCCCUGUUCAGUAUAGUUAUCCGAAUAUCAAAGAACCAUUGUAUUGUCCAGUCUGAGCUGGUUUGAUCAGACGGCUAUGAUAAAGCUCCUCUCGAUGUUUUAGUUUAGUUUCCCAGUGGGAAGCUAGAGACGGGUAAUGGUUCAGUCUGUUGUUUGCCUUCAAUAUUUGUUACCACUGUAAAGACCUGAAAGUGCCAUAGAGGUAACCAUGGAAGUGUUUGUAGGGGACAGUUGUGAGAGUAGAUUUGUGUAGUAAAUGGAAGAGUUGAUAGGUGCCCGACUUUAAAACCACUUUGAGGUGCUAUACUUAGCCUGCUCCUAAAGUCCUGUGUCACGUACUCCUGCCAAUCCAUCCCUCAAUACACUGAAAGAGUUUGACAGAAAGCACGGUGACAUGUUGACACUUUCCAUCUGGAUACGGGUAUUCAAAACAUCUUCGAAAUAAUGUCAAACCGAGAAGCUUUUUGAGUCAUCGUGGCUUCCAGUCGCAAUUGGAGCAGCGUGUCGUAGAACAUCAGUGAAAAGAAGUCUGAGAGUGAUAAGUAUUUGUUAUACUGCCCUAUCGUGUAUAUCAGACUGCCACUCUAUGGGUUCUACAUAGCACCGUCGGCACGAGAGCAGAGGUGGAGAAGUAGUAGUGAAUAGCGAUCCAAAGGGACUCAGUAGGUUGGAGAAGUGUGCAGUUGAAAGAUAGAUGUAUGUUUGUAAUUUAGGUCUAGAAAACUGAGUGAAAGCUUUGUAAAUAACAUGACCAUAUUUUCUGUAUUUUUUAUUUUAUUUCUUUUUUUGUUUUUGUGGUUGUGCUGAAGAGGGUAUUUGUGUGGGAGGUGGGUUUUAAAUGUUUCCCCUUUGUCUGUGUUCCCUGCACCUUGCCAUAAUGCAUCAUAAGAAAAGCAGAACCUCCGUUAAUGUCGGAGGUCGUAUGAAUAUCGAGAAAAAUCAAACGAAAAAGAACCAGGAGGAAGCCUCGUGUUGGAGGUCUGCUCAGCAUUUUUGUUCAUUAUUCUUGCUUCAAGUAUCAAAACAUUGAUUAUAAGAAAAAUUAAUAAAGAAUUUUUAAAAUGGA